AUGUUAUCAUUGUCUAGGGUAUUUGUCUCGGAUUUGAGACGUUCCGUAAAUCAUAAAACACUACUGGGCAUUCCUUAUAAUGCAGUGCUAGUAUUGUUGACAUCGUAUCGAUAUCUUUCUACACCAACAAAGCGCGACUUGGCCAUUCAGCGUCUCAGCGAGGAAGUUUUUUCUAGGGGAAACAUGCACUUGAAAAACGUCUAUGCUCUUUCUGCACUUCCCGAGGGCUUGCAUUCAUUUCCUGAAGUUUGCUUUAUUGGUAAACCAAAUGUCGGCAAGUCGACUCUAAUAUCUUGCUUACUUCAUAAUCCCAAGCUUGGAAGGGGUAGCAGCAUCGCAGGCUCAACUCGGUCAUUACAGUUCUUUAACGUCGGAGACGCUUUGCUUCUAGUGGACACACCUGGAUACGGGGGAUGGGGUAGACGUCAUCUUCCUCAAAAACAGUCUGAGCGUGCUGAAGCAUUUUCUAUUUUAUUUCGAUAUCUUGCACUUCGCAAAAGACGAAAUCUUAAAAGGGUAUACUGGCUUAUUGAGGCGUCAGCUACAACACCAGUGUCGAUACAAGCUAGGGAUGAGGAAAUUCUCACUUUCCUUCGCCGUGAAGGAGUUCCAUUUUCCGUUAUUUUGACCAAAAUAGACCGUCAUAGGCGGUACUACUUGGAGGAAUACCGCAAGUCCCGUGUUUUAGAAAGGAAUGGGCUGAAUUUCCAAGAACACACACGAAACAUUUGUUCACGAAUUCCUACUCCUUUAGAUGGAUUGCGCCGUAAUGUUCAGGAAGUAUACGCAUUCUUAGCCACAGACAGCGUUCCUAUAUUUGGGGUCUCUGCUAACCGUCAGUGCCCGAUGCGUUGUGAGAACCUAAGUCUAUUGCAACAUGAUAUUGUUCAUUACUGCACGCAGGAACUUAGUAAUGAAUCACAACUGACAUAUGCUGAUCUUCAUGAAUUGAGUUACUUUCCCCCAUCAGCAGAGGAGAUUCUGAAGAUCCAAAUAAAAUAUCCAAUUGAAGCGUUUAUUGUUCCACAAGAUAACCGUAUAAGCUUGAAUAAAAUGGUUGAUAUGCAUGAAGACGCGAAAGCGCGUUAUGUGACUUCCCAUUCGCACUCUGACUUUCUCACAACCCUUGAUGCGGAGGAAGGAUGUCUUUUAGAUUCUCGGCAAGAUUCUAUGCUGAAAGUGGAAAAGAACCAUGAACAGCACGGACCUAUUCCUGAAAUACACCCUCCAUCAGCCUGUAUGUCAAUGGGCGGAAACCCGCUACAAUUUCGUGUCAAUGAAUCAACUGCUGGGGUGCAACCUUGCUCUUUAGUGACCAGUUUUUCUUUGCUUACUGAAGACGACAAUGAGAACCAAACUUUUCCCCUUGACAAUGAUAGAAAUACAAGAGGCACAAGCUUAGAGGUUGUAUCUGGAGCUAAGCGCGAAAAAGUAAAUUCUACGGUUCAGAAUCCUUCUACAUUGAUGCACCCUGCAGAAUGUUCUUCCUCAAGUAGCAUACCAACUACUUUAUUAUCAUCAUUAGAACCAUCAACGCAAACGGUUAUGGCCAUAAAUGGUGUGCACAUUCCUCGAAGUAUGAUUUCAACCUCGGUUGAGGAGCUGGUAAGAAAAAAAGAUGAUGAGUUUUUGUGGUUUGAAGGUAAGUCAGGGGCACGCGCUUAUGAUAAAAUAAUAGCGCAAGAUCACCUUGUGGAUCGUGCUAGCGCACCUCUCUUUGUACAGCAUGAUUCAGCAGCGCAAUUAUCCGAUGCAGAGCUCGACUCUAUUCAGCGAGUGCAUGUUCGUUCUGCAGCUCGACGUCGAAAGGAACGGCUGCUGGAAAAAUAUAUUGAUAAAAAAAGGAAGGACCGCUCUAUCUAUAUGCAGGCUGAGAGCUACAUGUGCCCAUGGUUGGCAGGUGUUGGCCAAGAUAACCGACAAGCUGUCGUAGGAUUGAGCAGUAUUACGGGUGAAUUUCUAGGGAAAGGUUGUGUCCUGAAGGGCCUCAAACGAACUGGAUUUGGGGGUAAAAGCUAUUCAGCUAAAACACUUCGAAACCGCGGCCGAUCGACUAAGAAGACUGGUUUUUGGGCAGCGUAACAGUAGUGCUUCUAUGUCAUAGAUUUUAAUAAGAUAGGUUUCUUCUGUUUCUAUGGGUAAUUCUCAAAUUUUUAGCAUUAUAUUGGUGAUUUAAUUUUUU